AGCAGCGACUCGCCCCCAACUCUUCCUCUCCUCUGUCACGAUGAGGGACCUGUGCUGGGCGGCGCUGGUGGUGGUGGCGGUGGUGGGCGGGGCCAGGGGGUACGACCAGCCCUCCUGCGAUGGCCGCCAGACGAUCGUCCACCUGUUCGAGUGGAAGUGGGCGGAUAUCGCUGCCGAGUGCGAGAGUUCCUGGGCCCGGGCCCGGGUUCUGCGGCGUCCAGGUAUCGCCCCCCAUGGAACACAUCGUCUCAGCGGGCGACGGCUACCCCUGGUGGCAGAGGUACCAACCCGUCUCGUACAAACUGGAGUCGAGAUCCGGCAACGAGGAACAGUUCACGGACAUGGUACAACGGUGCAACGCGGUGGGCGUCAGGAUCAUCGUGGACGCCGUCGUGAAUCACAUGACGGGACUCGGGCGUGUCGGGCCGGGGUCGGGCGGCACCGACUUCAACGCCGACAACCUCGACUUCCCCGGCGUGCCUUUCUCCAGCAUGGACUUCACGCCCAAGGAUCAAAGAUCGCCUGGGGGAUCAACUCCUUCGAUCAGCUGGGCGGUGUGUACGACCCGGGCUGGGGAAUGGCGCCCUCGGAGAAGGCGGUCGUGUUCGUCGACAACCACGACAACCAGCGCGGUCAUGGAGGCGCCGGGAGACAUCCUCACGCACAAAGCAGCAUCCUCACGCACAAGCAGCCUAAGGAAUAUACCAUGGGUGUCUGCUUCUCCCUCGCCCAUGACUAUGGUUUCAUGCGCAUCAUGAGCAGCUAUUACUUCGACAACAGCGACCAGGGUCCGCCAGGCAGCAGCUACGGAGGCACGGAUGACGUCCCCAUCAACGGCGAUGGAACCUGCGGCGGCGGAUGGGUCUGCGAGCACCGGUGGAACGCCAUUACGCAGAUGGUCAAGUUCAGGAACGCUGUGGCAGGCACGCAGAUCGCCAACUGGUUCCAGGAGGGCGACAACGUGGCCUUCUCCCGCGGCGAUAAGGGCUUCUUCGCCAUGUCCAAGUACGGCUCUUUCGACCGUACGCUCCAGACGGGCAUGCCCGCCGGUACCUACUGCGAGCUGAUCAGCGGCUGCGCCAAUCAGGUGACGGUGAACGGCGACGGAACUGCGCAGAUCUCCAUCCACAAUUCUGAUGAACCGAUCUUCGCCAUUUGUGUCGGAUGCGACGGAAAUGGCCCCACCGUCGACCCCAAUCAGCCCACGACGACCCCGGGCCCCACCCAGCCGCCCAUCACGUCGGGCGCGCACAGGACCGUCGUCUUCGUCCACAAGCAGACCAACCCCGGCCAGGACCUCUUCAUAAGGGGCGGCAUCGACUCGGCCCAUCGCCCAGGCUGCACCGAGAACGCGGACGCCGACGCCUGCGCCAUCGACAUCGCCGUCAGCAGCCUCGGCGCCGACGCCCACUACGCCAAGUACGACGCGUGGCGAGUCGGCGACACGAAGCUGGACUGGUACGGCGGGCAGGGCGGCCAGGGCAGCUACAUGGGGCAGGCGGCCUCCGGUUCGCCGCUUGCCUGGACCACCAGCCAGGUCGGGGGCGCUGGACACCAGGAUCUGAAUACCUUUGGCGAACACUACUGGAUGAUUGACAUGGAAAUGGAUUGCGGUCAGACUGAAGGCGGGUGGUUUGAGCUCAAGGCCUUCCUGACCAACGCCGGGUCGGGCUGGGAAGCGGACAUCAACCAGGUGAGCUCUUGCAAGGGAAGCGCGGGAGGCUCCAAGCCCUACGCGUCGAACAACCACAUGGGAAAGUGCGGCUUCCUCAAUGUCUUCGAGUUCUCGGGUUCCUCGUGCCAGAUCGACGUUCUGCCCUGAGUCCGCUCUGAGCUCUUGGGGCGAUGGCGAUGAAGGUGACGACGGCGGCGACGAUGAUGAAAAGACAGUGAUGAUAAGGAUGACGA